UGCGUGCCCCGGAAGUCCUUUUCUCCCUUGGGAGGAAGCCGGCGUGUGGCGUCUGGGGAAGAGUGUUGUUUGGCGGUGACUUUGAGGGACUCCAAGUCUGUCCGGGGGCUGUCACGUUCGCGAUGCUGCGCGUAUUCUUUCCUCCUCUAAAAGCGGUGCUGGGGAGUCCAGGCGUCCGGCUCCUGGCUCCCAGGGGGGCUCCCCGGUGUGGUUGCCAUUAUGGGCAAAAGCUCCCUCUCUUGCAAAGGCAGCGCAGCACUCUGUCUGAAGUAGCUAUGCAGGCUGGAAGGGAGGCAGUGCGUAUCCCCACGAAGGCCGCGGAGCGGAUUAUGGGCCGUUGGCUCUUGGUCUGCAGUGGAACAGUGGCAGGAGCAGUUAUUCUUGGUGGAGUGACUAGGUUGACAGAGUCUGGGCUCUCCAUGGUAGAUUGGCACUUGAUAAAAGAGAUGAAACCACCCACAAGCCAAGAAGAAUGGGAAGCAGAGUUCCAAAAAUACCAGCAGUUUCCAGAAUUUAAAAUCUUGAACCAUAACAUGACCUUGGCAGAAUUCAAGUUUAUCUGGUACAUGGAGUAUUCACACCGAAUGUGGGGACGAAUUGUGGGCCUAGCAUAUAUCCUUCCCGCUGCCUACUUUUGGAGAAAGGGUUGGCUCACCCAUGGCAUGAAAGGUCGUGUCCUUGCCCUCUGUGGCUUAGUCUGUUUCCAGGGACUGCUGGGAUGGUAUAUGGUGAAGAGUGGAUUAGAAGAAAAGCCAGAUUCUUAUGACAUCCCUCGGGUGAGCCAGUAUCGCCUGGCCGCUCACCUGGGCUCGGCCCUUGUCCUCUAUUGUGCCAGCUUGUGGACUGCACUCUCCCUCUUGCUUCCUCGAGACAAGUUGCCGGAAACCCGUCAGCUCCUGCAGCUGAGGCGAUUCGCUCAUGGGACGGCGGGCCUGGUUUUCCUUACAGCUCUUUCAGGGGCUUUUGUGGCAGGCCUGGAUGCUGGCCUUGUAUACAACUCCUUCCCUAAGAUGGGAGAACGAUGGAUCCCAGAGGAUCUUUUUACUUUCUCUCCAGUCCUUAGGAACGUCUUUGAGAAUCCAACCAUGGUGCAGUUUGAUCACCGAAUCCUGGGAAUCACUACAGUCACAGCCAUUACUGGGCUUUACUUCCUUUCCCGGAGAAUCCCCCUUCCUCGAAGGGCCAAAAUGGCGGUGGCAACAUUGCUGACUGUGGCCUAUGCACAGGUGGGCUUGGGCAUUAGUACUCUGCUGAUGUAUGUUCCAACCCCUUUGGCUGCAGUCCACCAGUCAGGGUCCCUGGCUUUGCUCAGCGUGGCCCUUUGGCUUAUGAAUGAACUGCGGCGAAUCCCAAAGUAAUGCUCAGGGCAGCUGCUUUUUGGGCCAUGCCCAGGCUUUUGACAGCUCUUAGAGGGCAUUGAGCUUCCCUCACACUGGAUUGAGAAAAUGAUGUGGGGGACAGAUCCGAUGAUCAAGGAUGAGGUUACUGGGCUGAGGAUUCUUUUUCAAACAAAACAAAACUGCCCUUCACCCCUAAGGUGAAAAGUUGUCACUUGUUUUUUAACAUGAUGUCUAAGAUCCCUCCCAACUUUUAAAACUGUCUGAUUCUUUUGAUCCAGCAGUACCACUGCUAGUUCUGUGUCCCAAAGAGAUUUAAAAAAAAAAAAAGGUAAAAGGUAAAGAACCUAUUUGUACAAAAAUAUUUAUAGCAGCUCUUUUUGUGGGGGCUAAGAAUUGGAAAUUGAGGGGAUGCCCAUCAAUUGGGGAAUAGCUAAACAAGCUGUGGUAUGUGAUUGUAACGGAAUAUUACUGUGCUAUAAGAAAUGAUGAAUGGGCUGGUUUCAACCUGGCAAGACUUACAUGAACUGAUACAAAGUGAAGUGAGCAGAACCAGGAGACCACUGUACACAGUAACAGUAAUAUUGUACAGUGAAGAACUGUGCAUGACGUAGCUAUUCUCCGCAAUAUGAUGGUCAGGACAUUCCCAAAGGACUCAUGAUGAAACAUGCUGUCCGCCUCCUGAGAAGGAGCUGAUGGAGUCUGAAUGCAGACUGAAGCAGACUAUUUUUUGCACUUUUUUUUUAAUCUUGCACAAAAUGUUAUACAUGAUCAGAUGGCUUACCACCUCAGGGAGGGGGGUAGGGAGGAAGGGAAGGAUAGAAUUUGGAACUUAGAACAUUUAAAAAAAAAGUUAAAAGUUGUUUUCACACAUAAUUGGGGAAAAAUAAAAUAUUAUUUAAAAAGACUUACUGAUUCUGAUCCAGUCUUACAGUAAAUUGGGAAACGAAAUGUGAAGUAUUCGUAUUUACUGUUGAAGGAGCUUCUUCUCAAGCUGCUCUUUUUCCCUCUUUCUCUUUUAUCAUCAGCUUGGGGCAGAAUUCGGUGGGAACAGGAGGGUCAAAACUGAACAGAAAUCUGUUCAGGCCCCGCGAUCUUCACACUUGAGUUUGGGGUAGGGAAUAGCACCUCCCACAUGGAAGGUACUCAAAUAUCUAAGCAGCUGUAGGGAUGGGAAAAAGUAAAAACCAGGGACACAAAAGAUCCAUUAGUUAUGAACCUUUUACCCAAGGCCUGGACAAAAUCUUUGUCAUACAUAGUGUCAAAUGGCAUGAAAGAAGACGGGUGCUUUUUGUUUUUUUUAUUUUGAAAGAAGUUUAAUUUUGAUAUUGCUGUACAAAUGAUUGCACAUUAAACAUGAUUUCACAGCAAGCUUGUUUCCAUUUAAAUUGUUAAAUUACAUAAGAUUGAUAAGAAACCAGUUGUAUAAAUAUAAAAACCGGAGCCGGUAGAAAAACCACUGCCACAAAGGCAAAUUGUUGGCAAAUUGCCUCACCUCUCAUUUCGGACCCUUUGCACAGAUAGUGCCCCAUAUGUGGAAUGUGCUCUCCUCAGACUCCUCGCCUUCCUUCAAAGCACAGUUCAGGUGCCUGAUCCUGACCCCCCCUCCCCCAUCUCACUCAUUUGCACCCUCUCCUUGAAAUUAUUUCACACAUUUCCUACUCACUCAUGUACGUACAUGGUAACCACCAGAUGUAAGCUCCAUGAGGGGAAGGCAAAAUAAUUUUUAAAUUACCUUAAUAAAAGCUUACUGACUAUAA